UGCCAUCCCUAUUGUUAGACUCCCAAUUGGACGGUUCUUAUUGGCGCUGAGCUAGCACGUGUCCGGAGACUAGAGAUCGAGAAUCACCCACCAUGGUUGCCCAGAACUCGGACAAAAUGCGGGCCCUGGCCCUGAAGCUCUUCGAGAUCAAUGCCUUCAAGUUCGGCGACUUCAAGAUGAAGGUGGGCAUCAAUUCGCCGGUUUACUUUGACCUGCGAGUGAUCGUCAGCUAUCCGGAUGUGAUGCAAACCGUUUCCGAUCUCCUGGUGGAGCACAUCAAGGACAAGCAGCUGACCGCCAAGCACGUGUGCGGAGUUCCCUACACGGCGCUUCCACUGGCCACCAUUGUGUCCGUGCAGCAGGGCACUCCCAUGUUGGUGCGGCGCAAGGAGGCCAAGGCCUACGGCACCAAGAAGCUGGUCGAGGGCAUCUUCAAUGCCGGCGACACCUGUCUGAUUGUCGAGGACGUGGUCACCUCCGGUUCGAGCAUUCUGGACACGGUGAGGGAUCUGCAGAGCGAGGGCAUUGUGGUCACCGAUGCCGUCGUGGUGGUGAACCGGGAGCAGGGCGGCGUGGCCAACAUCGCCAAGCACGGCGUGCGGAUGCACUCGCUCUUCACGCUCUCCUUCCUGCUGAACACUUUGCACGAGGCCGGACGCAUCGAGAAGUCCACCGUGGAGGCGGUGGCCAAGUACAUAGCCGCCGUCCAAAUCAACAGCGAUGGCAGCUUUGUCGGCGGCGAUAAGGCCGACGUGGUCGGAGCCAACGACUUGCAGCGCACUAAACUGACCUACGAGAGUCGCGCCAACUUGGCCAAGAGUGCGGUGGCCAAGAGGCUCUUCAACCUGAUAGCCGCCAAGCAGACGAACCUCUGCCUGGCCGCCGAUCUGACCCGUGCCGAUGAGAUCCUGGACGUGGCCAACAAGUGUGGUCCGUACAUCUGCCUGCUGAAGACGCACGUGGACAUUGUGGAGGAUUUCAGCGAGAAAUUCAUCAGCGCCCUGCAGUCUCUGGCCCAGCGACACAACUUCCUCCUCAUGGAGGAUCGCAAGUUUGCGGAUAUUGGCAACACGGUGUCGCUGCAGUACGGCAAGGGCAUCUACAAGAUUUCUAGCUGGGCUGAUUUGGUCACGGCGCACACGUUACCUGGGCGCAGUAUUCUGCAGGGUCUGAAGGCGGCGCUGGGCGAGGAGGCGGCUGGCAAGGAGCGCGGUGUCUUCCUGCUGGCGGAGAUGUCGGCCAGCGGCAAUCUGAUCGAUGCCAAGUACAAGGAGAACAGCAACAAGAUCGCCACCGAGGGCGCCGAUGUGGAUUUUGUGGCCGGUGUGGUGUGUCAGUCCUCCGAUGCCUUCGCCUUUCCCGGCCUCUUGCAGCUGACGCCUGGAGUGAAGAUCGACGAGAGCGUGGACCAACUGGGCCAGCAGUACCAGAGUCCAGAGCAUGUGGUUAAGGAGCGAGGAGCCGACAUUGCAGUGGUCGGUCGGGGCAUCCUGAAGGCCAGCAGUCCGGAGCAGGCGGCCCAAACCUACCGCGAUCGCCUGUGGGCAGCCUACCAGGAUCGAGUGGCCAAGUAGAAGAUAUAGCAG